GUGAGUGGCUAGUCCGCCACGCCCUCGUUGCCAUGGAUGCCUGUGCCCGUAUCCGAGGAGUUCCUCUCAGGACCAGAGCCUCCAUCAGGAAAGAGGUUAGUCAGACUGCCAUCUUCUGAUUGAUUGACUGGUCGAUUGGUUGAUUUCAUUUCAUUCUUGAUAACCUGGUGCUGUGUGUGAGGCCGUUCAUGUGUGUAACCUGAGGUAACCUCUAAUUGUGUGUAUGUUGUAGGCGGUGCGUGACGGUGGGACUCAGUGUAUGAAGAGCCUUCUGAGCAGCAGAAAGGAGCUGUGCAGCGUGGGACUGGAGCUGCAGACCAGAGACGCACCAUGCCUGACUGAGGUAUGUGUCACAUCUCUCACACACACACACUUUGAUUAUGACUUCAUGAUAUGCAGGAUUUUCCUGACUUGUCCCUUUCUUCCCUCAGAUCCAUUUUGUGUGUUUGCCUGGCCACUCUGAAGGGGAGGAUCUAACUCUACAGGUGAGAGUUACUGCACCAGCUCUGACUUAUGUAGUUCAAUUAUUGUGUUAUUAAUUGAUGUUAUUAACGUGUUAUUUGUGUGAUGCUCUGUCCCUGUCCCAAGGCCCUGUCGUCUCUCCCGGGGGACCUGGCGGAGCUGCUGAGGUCUCUCCACGUCACCAGCCUGAGGAAUGAAGAGGUGCUGCUACUGAAGGACAGCAGGAGAUCAGCCGACAAGAGGGACUCUGCUACACAGGUUAAUAUGACAGGAGAGGAGAGGAAGUUUCUAAUAGGUAAAGGGGAGAGACUGUGUUUCUCAGGUCUAUAGACUGCUUCAGAGGAAAUACAGUAUUUCACAGGUAAAUAAGAGUUCAAUAUCGUUUUGAAGCUGGUUCACAGGACCUUCCUUAGGCUGUAUGCUAAGGCCUGAGAGAUUCUCUGUGUUUUCACCCUGUUGGUCAGAGCCAUGUGUACAGAUGUCUGGGAUAGUGUGGCCGCUUGUUUUCUCACCACUGAUUGCCACAUUGUCCUGCCUGGUCCAUGUGUCUGCUAGUGUUCAGUCUGGCUCUGCAGCUUUGUGGUUACAUUGUUUGUGACUGACAGACAUGCUGACAUAUGUGUGGUUACAGUGUGUGUGACUGACAGACAUAAACUGAAAGGCAGUGCAACUAAAACUCAGCCCCUCUACCCACUGUGGCCAAGAUAGAAGUGGCACAGAGUGUUCUAUUCUGCAUAUACAACAACACAUCAGACUACAAUCAGACAUGCAGACAUAACAACGCUGUCCAAGUAGAGCCCCUCUCUCUCUGUAAGACACAGCCAGAAGAAUAGAAAACUACUGUGUGAGUUUACAUAUCCAGAGACUCUCAGAUGAUUAGCAAGCUUUGGUCUGAUGCACUCCCGGACAUGGCAGGCGCUGACAGUCUGCAGACUCUGUUUACCAGUGACAAGUGUUCUAGUUUUUUAAUUCCUCAAAGAGCUGAUUGUCCCUUUGCAGUAAGAAUAAACAACUGUACCAGGCAGCCAGCAAACGGACUCUUUUCUCUCUCCUCCACAGCAGCAGUGCUGGCUGAAGGCGGUGUGUGUUCUGAGACCCAGCCCCAGCCAGGCCAUUGUUGGUGUGUUGGUGGGCCUGCUGGGGCGUUACGCUGUCGGGGUCCGCUAUGCCCUGGAGCUCCAAGCCCUCCACAGGGGCACGGCUGAGCCCUGCCAGCCCGAGGACGAUAACACCAACCAGUCUGUGUCGUCCAUCGAAGACGACUUCGUCACCGCUCUGGAACACCUAGAGGAGGAGGAGGACAACUGUAGGUUUAUCACAACUCUAUGUAGCUGGACGUUCAAUAGAGAUUGAUGUGUUCAUUCACUGUUGCAUAAUCUGAAGUGUUUAUUAAAUGAAGACAACCUCAUUUACCACUACUCUCUAUCCCUCUUGUCUCUCUCCCUAGCCGAUGGCUCUUAUCGCCAUGGAAACAAGCGUGAUGUGGCCUCCCAGACUGUCCCCACCCACAAGAGAGACAAGGACCUAUCCGGCUCCAGAAUCAUAAUCAGCUCUGCCCCCAGGAAGUCCUUAACCAAUUGCAGGUCUCCCCCAGAGGUGUCCAUUACCGUACAGCACUCCAGAGGGGCAGAGUCCCAGUGGACCCUCUGCAGCCCAAGAGCCCGGCUCCCCUCCCCCACACGCCCUGUCAGCGAGUCAGAGGAAUCGGACGGCUCAAGCCCUAGUCCAAUCAUCUUUCUAGAUGAGGUUGGCUACCAGAAGAGCCUCAAAGCGACACUGGACAUCCCUCGGAUCCCUGGGUGGCCAACGGACAGGGUGGAGGACUCUGACUCUGAGGUCAGCGAGUUCUUCGACAGCUUUGACCAGUUUGACGACCUAGACGAGCUGAGCUCAGAGAGCUGUACACUCACUCUGCCUCUAGACCCGACAUCCUCCGUUACCACCACCGGCACAGACCAGAAGAAGAAGUACUCUGAGGCUGGUACUGGCAAGUCAGGGUCCAAGAAAGUGUCCCGAAGCUGUUCCACCAUGAACCCCCACCGGUUUGACCAGCGCACCCUCCCUGCCAAUGUGAAGAAACCCACCCCACUCAAAAGCCCCCUUCCCCCUGGCUCUCCCUAUGGAUCCCCUGACUCCCCCCGGCCGGCCCCGAUCUCUUGUGAGGAGAGUGGAGGUCCUCUGUUCAGCCCUGUCAGCUCCUCAGCCUUCAGCCCUUUGGGAGACGGAGGAGCUCUGGAUUUCUUCUGGAAGACCGAGGGAGAGGUAGGAGACGAGUCAGAGCUACGGAAACCCCAGGACCUGUGUUCCCUCUACAAGACCUACUCAGACUUCGCCAGCAGUCUGUCCAAGGAGAUCUUGGGCUCCGUGUGUGGCUACCAGUCUCCCGUGGACAUCAACGACAACAAGAACCUGAGCUGUGUCUGCCACAAGGAGUUCCAGAACCAGUCUGGACACGUCAUGAAGCUGUCUGAGAUCCAGGAGAUGGUGACUCUCUCCAAACUGCAGCAGAAGCCCCAGUCUCUGAAAGACGGCAUCCAAAGGUUCGCUACAGACUUAGUAGAGAUGAGUCUGGGCAGCGCCCUGAGAGACCUGCAGAAGGGAAUGUCCUCCUGCACCACCACGCUCUGCCACCUGGCCGCCAGAAUCACCUCUUCGGUCUUCCAGAUGGCCUUCCAGGAGAUCGGCAUGCGCCACGCCUACGUCCUGAAGGAACGGGCCAUCAACGGGCUGGCUGGGUUCCUGGUGGGCGAGGCAGUGUCAGGUGCUCUGAAAGACUUCCUGAUGGUGAAGAAGCAGAUGUUCAACAGCACGGUGACGCAGUUCGCCGCCGACCUGGCAGAGGAGCUGGUGUUUGAGGGGAUGAUGGAAGUGUGUCAGUUCUCCCACCCCUCCACCCCCCUCACCCCCAGCGAUUGGUCCUUUGGGGUGGGGGAGGAGGACGAUGAGGAGGUGGUGUCCUCCUAUGCCUCGGACCUCUCAGAGUCUGUCCUCCAGGAGGCCUUCAUAGAACUGUCCCAGGCUGAUGUUGCCUUCACUACCCAGGCAGCCAUUAGUGUCUCUCUGGACAACAUCUGCUACGUCAGCGCUGUCGACACACACACCAACUGCAGUACCCCCGCAGGCCACCAGGCUUUCCACGUUAACCCAGCCGAGGAAGGCCCAGGUCUAUCAGGGGAGUAUGGCUGUACGGUGAAGAAGGCGCUGUUCUGUGUGUCUGGGAUAGCCAGCUGUGUACCGGUCCCCCAGGCAGGCCAGGCCAUCUCCCACCUCCACGACUCAGAGGAGAUCUGCCAGUGUAAGACCAGCCCCAAGAGGAGCUGCAGCUCAGAGAACAGAGUGGUGACCACAGCCUCUUCUGACGCUACUGCUGCCACACAGACUGACCUGCUGCCAAAGACCCCCUUUCACAACUUCUCUGGCAACAUGGUGGAUAUGAUAGUGAGUGAAGCAUGUGAACUGAUGACUGCCUCGAAGAUGAAGAAAAAGGUGGAGGACUGUGCCGACUUCCUUUCUAAGACCAUAGUGUCUCGGGGACCUCCAGCCGGACAGGAGGGUAGUGUCACUGACCAGACCUCCCUCUCCUCUCUCCACCCUCCCUCUCAGACCCCAGGAGGAGUGACCUUUGAGUCAGGCUCCAAGACCAGCAGAGCAGUCGCUGAGACCCGGCCUGUGAUGAUGAAGGACACUCUAGAGGUGCCAGGAUUGGAGAUGGGAGGCAGGAAGAUGGCCACUGGCGAGGAGAUGGUUCCCAGCCCUGGUCACAAGUCCAACGGGACCCCUGGUACUCCCCCCUCCACCCCCCAGCAGCCCAGUGAGGUGUCCCAGGAGAAACAGAUCAAGCAAUUCUCCAAGAAGCUGAAAGGGAAGUUGGCCAAGGAGUUCUCUCCUGCCACCCCUCCUCCCACCCCCCAUUACCAGCCAGGGCCCGAGCCCAAAGAAUCCCCCUCUGAGACAGACAAGGCUGACUUCAUGCUCAAACUGAUGAGGUCUCUGUCUGAGGAGGCAGACGGGAAUGAGGAGGAAGAAGAGGAGGGUGGAGUAGAAGGGGUUAACUCUGGAACUGAGACAGGAAACCGUAUGCAGCCAGAGCUCAACCUCUCAGUUGGAGGACACAAGAUUGCAGACAAGGGAGCCCUCCAUUACGCUGAGCGCCUGGCGUGCCACAUCGUCUCCAUGGCAACAGAGAUAGACACCCUGGGAGGAGUGGAGGAUGGAGGUAGAAGGACGGUGGAGGGGAGGGAGGAGAGGAGAGACAGCGUUGCCCAGUUCUCAGCGCAUACCCUGAACACGCUGUGGAUAUACGCUGGUGAGGUGGCGGGAGAGGUGAUCAGCGAUGUAAAGAGGAUAAUGUGGUCAGGACAGUGUCGCCACAGUGCGCUCCAACAAGGCAGCCAGGACCAGUCAGGGGAAUGUCCUCACCACCACCAACCCCAGCCCAGUGAACACAGCAGGGACUGCAGGGUGGGUCGUUUGGCUGAACAGUGGUCCGGUGACGACCUCUCCUCUGUCCUCCACCCAUCCACCUCUACCCCCAGCUCUGGCCUGUCCUCUGACUACCCCAGCUGUGAGAGUGUGACAGAUGAGUACGCUGGCUACCUCAUCAGGGUGCUAAAGAAAGAGGGAGGCAGCAGGGAGCUGGUCCUGGAUCAGUAUGCCAGCCGUCUGGCCUACCGCUCCAUCAAACUGGGCCUGGCCCAUGCUGCCCGUAACAUGAAGAAGAGACCCUCCUCCUCCAGGCACCACUCCUCCAGGAGGCUCCACCAGGAUGGCUGCAGGGGAUCCAAUGCCGAGCCAUCCGUACCCAGGGACGAAGCAGGGAGAGUGGGAUCUCCUUCCAGAGACUUUGACGAUGGGAGCCAGAGGGAGUACAUGGAGCUGGUGAACUUCGCAGAGUCGUUGGCAUACAACAUCACCUGUGACGUCACUCGCAAACUCUGUGUGCCGUCGGUCCGGCUACCCAAGUCCCGGACUGACUCGUGUCUGUAUAAGAAGUCCAAGCUGGAGUACAUGGCAGAGAAUAUGAUCAUGAACUCCUUCUCAUGCCCCCUGCUGGCCAAUGAGGGGAUGAGCAGGCACUACCACAGCACAGGCAGCCUGUACGACGGCGGCUACAGCAGUGGAGUCAUGGAGGUUAGUUUGGUUUAUUUAAUAUUUGUAUUUGAGUAAGGAAAGAUACUGUUAAAACAUGGAGACAUUGAAUUAAGAAGCGUCUGAUUCAUUCUAUCAUCAUUGCAUUGUAGCAUCACACAUCAGCUUGCUCUAAUUCCCAGCGUUUGUCUCUGCAGGUCCUGGAGCACUAUGCCAGGAACAUAGUGGACGACACGUUAGAGAUGGUCCUGGCCUCGGCCGGACACCCAGCCCAGCAGGGUCCAGACAGACACUCCCACUCUGAGAGGCUGUCUGAGGGGCAGGCGGUGGGCUCUGCACUGGGGGAGACAACCUGCCGAUAUUGCCAGGUCAGGAAGUCUCUGAUGUUUUUCCAAUGGAUUACUUAUGAGGAACUAGCAUCCACCCAUUUUUUUUAGGUACAAUCCUUGAGUAUGCAUGCUGUUUGUUAUACCAGGUCAGGGAGUGUCCGUUCUGCUCACGGCCCAGCAGGCAGCACCUCCUCGGGGAAGGAGCAGGCCAGAGGAGGAGGCUGGAAGGGGAGGUGGGGGUGUGCGGCCUGGAGAUCCCUGAGAUCCACAUCAAUCUUAACCCCAGGGCCGUGUUUGCAGAGGAGAUGGUCACUACGGCGAUGGAGGGGGCCAAGCGCGAGCUGAGCAACACCAGCCUGAACGCCGACAGCGGGAUCGGACACGACGGGCACAGCUUUGCAGAGAGCCUGACUGCCGAGAUCAUGACGUCAGCGCUAUCCAACACAUGCCAGACCACCAACAUAAGGUACCAAUACACUGUGACAGUCUGUGGAAGACACAACACCACCACUCGGUGACUAGCACUAAUGUUGCAGAGUGCAAAUACAUGGGGAGACAAUUCCUGUAAGAUUCCAUGAUUGUUCACAUGGAUUUCCUUAUGGUUAACUGCAAUGGUUAGUAAUAGGUAACGCAAUUUCUUGUGACGCACCAUAUUGGGCAAUUCAUUUUAGAGUGAGUCCAAAUAUUUUUUCAUUUCCGUAUUUGACCAGAUUACACAACCAUAGUAAAGGAGCCAAGAAGUGAUUCACCAUCUUGAUUACUAACUAUAGUUCUCUCACUCCCUAUGUUGAUACUGUUAUCAACUGUAUUUCCCUGUAUAAAGAUUCUUUAUUCAUGUGUCUGGUUCCCUCUCUCCCUGUCCCUGUGGUAGUUUCCCAGGCAGGGAGGCCACAGAGUCCACGGUGUCCCAGCAGCUCAGUCUGAGUGUGGGAGACGACAGCCUGGGCAGCUGGUCCCGCCUCAGCUUCGAGGACGAACACCCCGACGAGACCAGCAGCUUCCUGCACCUCAGCGACAGGUAGAGAACACACCGAACAUCAUGUAGUCUCAAACUAUUCUGCUCUAUUCUUUUAGUUUCUCUGAAGGCUAAAUUACAUAGAUCUAGUCCAGAUUAGCUGACUAAUGAUUCACCUCUUGAAACACUUUUCUAUUGUCUUUAAGCACUGUUGUCUCUCACUCUCUCACACCAGCGAAUGACUCUAACCCAUGUUCAAUGUCCGCAGAUGGAUUGAUAUAUGAGUGAGUAGUAGUGCUUUAGACUAUGGUUGUUGCAUUCAACCUAGGCUUAAAUGAAUGCUGAAACUAAUGAAUGCAAGUCAGUCAUCACCGUUUUGGCUACACUGCCAAUGAGAAAUAUAUGUAUUUUUCAGUCGAGGUCAAAUGGUUUUUCCCAUGUCGUUUUAAGCUGGCUGUAGUGAUUUAGUGAUUAGCUGGUUUGAUCCUGUGAGACUGAGUUGAGAUCGGUACAAGACAGGUUCCUCCAUGUUGUCUGUCAGCCUGACGUUAGCAGGCCUCUGGAGGAUGUGAGGUCACAGACAGCAGAAUGUAUGAUUUGGGAACCUCUAGAACAGCGGUAUUACACUCUUACCAGGUCUAAAUCAGUCCCUGGUUAGAGGGGAACAAUUAAAAAACACAAUGGAACUGGUCUCUAGUAACAGGGUGGGAGUAGAGUUGUUGAUGUUCCCUGGCUCAGCCUGCUAUCUCUAUGGAAGCAGACCCAGUCAACGUGUACACUUCUCUCCCCAGAUACUGAAAGGGAGAAUGCGUGAGGAGAGCAGCUAGUUACUUUGGCCACCAGGGCCUAGUGAAGGUAUCAUAAUAUUUUCUAAAGGUGUGUCUGUAGCAGCCUCUGUCUCUCUCUCUGCCCCUGGCCCUUUCCACAGGAACAAAGUCCAUCCAUGUGUAAUUCAUUAGCCUCUCUCUCUCUCUCUUCAAAAGAAUUAUCCAACCGUCUCCCAUUUGUCAACAAAUAAACGAAAUAACCCAGGAAAGGAAAGGCUCCAUUUGUAAAAGUAUUCAAACUUGAAUGACCUUUCAGCAAACCACUCUCACAAACCACAGCUCCAGGGUCAUUAAUGAGCUAAUAGACAUAGGUAUUUUUAGAUCACCACAUCAUUCUCUACAUACCAGUGCAGGUACCAGCCAGCCUGACAAUCAGGACUGAUUACAGUGAUACAGGGUGUUGUGAUGGAUGUGGUGCUCCAGUUGCCAUCUGGAUGUCCCGGUGGAGAAUGCAGUGAUCUCACAUCAUUAGCAGUCAUCAGUUGUUGCUUUGAUUGAAAGUUAUUUCAGGACCAAGCCUCACAUUUAGAUGGAUGAAAUAAAAAUGGAUCAGUUGUUUUUGCCAGGUAAGACAGACUUGCUUGAUAAAGCUUAGAAAGACCUUCAAGUGUUUCCAACGCCUCAGACAGUGUGUGUGCGCCCAGUGUUAGUGCCCAGUGUUAGUGCCCAGUGUUAGUGCCCAGUGUUAGCGCCCAGUGUUGAGCAGUGGUCUUGUCUCUUGCAGCAAUGGGAACAGCAGUAGUUGGAGCAGCCUGGGGUUAGAAGGAGAGGUGUAUGAAGAGCACCUGUCCUUCACUCCCUCAGACAGGUCGGUCCUUACAUACACACAGCUAAAGGUGCUAAUUCUAACCGCUAGUCUCUUUAUAGCUCCGGGUAGAAGUUGCCCUCAACCACAGAUCUAGGAUCAGAUCCUAUCCCCAUAUCCUAACCUUUACCAUUAAAUAAACCAUGACAUAAUCUGACCCUGUGUCAGUAGUUAGGGCCAACUUCUACCUACGCCCCCUAAUCACUGCAUGAUGUCAGAGCUGUAAUCAGCAACGCUGUAGAAUGUGACUGUGUAUGAGACAACAGCUUCUACCCUCUAUAGAUCCCUCUAGAUAACCAUAGAGGACAGAGCAUGUCUUUGUCACUGUGUGUCGCCACUUUGUCGGCACGCUAGUGGAAUUAGCCUAGUCAAUGGAAUCAGUGUGUGUGUGUGUGUGUACGCGUAAGCCUACUGCAUGUGUCCUGAAGUAGGUGUGGGAAGGGCUGAAGCAGGGUUCUCUGUCUGUCUGCAUGCUGCAUGGCUGAGUGAGAAGCAGACACCCUGACCAGAGCUCUCCUCAGACUCUCCUCAACUAGUGGAAACGGAAGACAACAGACUCAUUUAGACCUCCCACCCUAGUCCUGCGGUAAGGGAGAUCUAGCCAGUAGACACUACAAUGAGGCAGCCCACCCUACUCCAGGAGGAAAGUCAUAUCUAUAUGCAGUAUAUUAUUUAUCAUAUAGUAUAGGCUAGACAAUGGGACAGGUUAAUGAUCCAAGUGUAAUGGAGUCUGUUGUCUGUUGCCCUGGGCUUUGUAUUUUACAAGUUUACCGCUUGGCACGUCACACUGUACCAGUCAAAAGUUUGGACACACCUACUCAUUAUUUUUACUAUUUUCUACAUUGUAGAAUAAUAGUGAAGACAUCAAAACUAUGAAAUAACACAUAUGGAAUCAUGUAGUAACCAAAAAAGUGUUAAACAAAUCAAAAUAUAUUUUAUGUUUGAGAUUCUUCAAAGUAGCCACCCUUUGCCUUGACAGCUUUGCACACUCUUGGCAUUCUCUCAACCAGCUUUGUGAAUGCCAAAAGUAGUGCACUAUAACCUAUAGGGAAUUCAGAUUUGCUAUAUGCCAAUUUGCAUGUUGGGGGUUGUGGUCUGUCUCGCUGUGUUCUCUUGCAUGCUGUGUGGCUCCAGAGUCGGCCUGCUCUCCCUCUCUUCUCUUCUCUCUCUCUCUCCCUCUCUUCUCUCUCUCUCUCUUCUCUCUUCUCUCUCUCUCUGCUCUAUCUGAUCUUUCUCUCACUCUUCUUCAUCUCUUUUCUAUCUGCUCUCUCCCUCUCUCUCACAGCUCUCUGCUCUCCCUCUCUCACAGCUCUCUGCUCUCCCUCUCUCUCACAGCUCUCUGCUCUCCCUCUCUCUCACAGCUCUCUGCUUUCCCUCUCUCUCACAGCUCUCUGCUUUCCCUCUCUCUCACAGCUCUCUGCUCUCCCUCUCUCUCACAGCUCUCUGCUUUCCCUCUCUCUCACAGCUCUCUGCUUUCCCUCUCUCUCACAGCUCUCUGCUCUCCCUCUCUCUCACAGCUCUCUCUCUCUCUCUCUCACAGCUCUCUGCUCUCCCUCUCUCUCACAGCUCUCUGCUUUCCCUCUCUCUCACAGCUCUCUGCUUUCCCUCUCUCUCACAGCUCUCUGCUCUCCCUCUCUCUCACAGCUCUCUGCUCUCCCUCUCCCUCACAGCUCUCUGCUUUCCCUCUCUCUCACAGCUCUCUGCUCUCCCCCUCUCUCACAGCUCUGCUCUCCCUCUCUCUCACAGCUCUCUGCUCUCCCUCUCUCUCACAGCUCUCUGCUUUCCCUCUCUCUCACAGCUCUCUGCUCUCCCUCUCUCUCACAGCUCUCUGCUCUCCCUCUCUCUCACAGCUCUCUGCUUUCCCUCUCUCUCACAGCUCUCUGCUUUCCCUCUCUCUCACAGCUCUCUGCUCUCCCUCAUAGCUCUCUGCUCUCCCUCUCUCUCAUAGCUCUCCCUCUCUCUCACAGCUCUCUGCUCUCCCUCUCUCUCACAGCUCUCUGCCAUCCCUCUCUGCACUCUUUACCUCCCUCUCUUUUCUCUCUCACUAUGUGUCUCUACUAUGGUCCUGUGCUGGUCAGUUCUCUUACCAGUGUAAUAUUUCUCACCCCACAGCGAAGGCACUGAGGACAAGGAGCUUGAGACCAAGGAUGAAUCCUGCGGUAUGACAUAGUUACUUCUAUCAUUAACUGCACCGGAUAUCGAUGGCAAAUAGGCUGCUUUAUAUUCUCUUACUAAUUUCUACAUUAAGCAUUUGAUAGUAACUUGGUCCCUAUCAGCCGCAAACAGUACAUACCUUACCAUGUUGCACAGCCACACUACAAACAGAACCACCUUAGCAUGCAUCUGAGCAGCAUGAAAACAGAUCCCUAUCCUUCUAAAUCCUGUGUGGUAAUAGUUCCCUGCUAUAGGUUAAGAGUGGUUAGACUAGGGGACUUGGUGCUGUGUGUGUCUGUGCUGCUAGGAGGGGAAUUCACCCACCGCCCACACAUUGUCACACUGCCACUCAUUCAUUCAUCUAUUCUGCCUGAGUCUCUGCCUGAGUCUCCCUGUGUAUCUGUCUGUCAGACCAGAUUCCCCAGUGGGCUGAGGGGUUAAGGCUCCAGGCUGUGUCAGACCCAGGCCCAGCCAGUGGGGGAGGGAGCGUGGGAAACAGGCUUGGCCCACCACCAGAGGAGAGGAGAGGAAACACAGGGAGAGCUGGUUGGGAUGGGAUAUUACUGUACUAUAGGGAUGACUGUCAAACAGAGACUGGAGUGGGAGGAAGCUGAUAUCUCUUCCCUCCCCCUCCAGGUGCAGUGCGUGUCGGCCAGGCUCAGGCUUACAGGCUCCUCCUGGUGGUCAACUCUGAGCUCAGGGAGAUUACCCCUGACCCACAGCACAUGACCUUUGACCCCCAGCUCAGGAGCAUGCUGCAGUGGGCAGCGGCCUCCAUGGCUGACCUGCCCAUGGUUCAGCUGGGUCCUAGUGGCAGCAGGGAGCUGCAGCAGGUGAGUGACCUUAACCCACGAACAAAGGAUUACACACACACACACACAGUGGUACCUUAGUUAUUACUGAGGUGUGUACUGGUUCCUGCUUGCUGAGCUGUGUUCUGUCUGCUCUUCCAGCUGCCUGCUGUGGUCCAGAGGCUGAAGGAGAGGGAGUGGAAGGUGGGAGAGCUGCUCCAAGCCCUGCUGCGUUACUGUGAGGAGACCCAAACCCACACCCCACCCCAGUCUGAACCCAGAGAGGCGGAGAGAGCACCCCACCACACUCCCCUCUUCCGGUGGCUCCUAGAGCACGCU